UAGUAAUACUUUUCUUGAUAAUAUUAAUGCUAUUACUCUUAGUAGUUAUACUUUUUUUAAUAGUAGUGAUAUCACUGCUCUUAAUAGUGUUAAUAUAGCUACUUAUAAUAAUAGUAGUACUACUUUUAAUAAUAGUAGUUCUGCUACUAUUCUAUGUAGUAGUUCUACUACUAUUCUUAGUAGUAGUGCUAUUUUUAGUAGUAGUACUGCUAUUCUUAAUAAUAGUACUACUAAUAUUUUUAGUAAUAAUAUUAUUGCUUUUGAUGAUAAUACUAGUGAUAGUAUUAAUUUUUAA